GGGGCAGGGCAGAGUAGGAUGAGAGUAGGAUGUCUGGACCUAGUUUAAAAGGGAUAGUGCGUUCUGGGGGAGACUGGUUGGAGGAGUCUGGGCUUGAGGCUAUGAAGGAAGAGGAAGCCCCUCCCACUAGCCUGCAGAAUUCCCUUCCAGUGGCAUCAGUGUGUCCCGAGCCUGGAUCCCUGGGGGGCCAAAAGGUAGAAGAACCCAGCUGUGAGGGUGCUCUGCAGCCUGGGAGUCUGUGACACCUGCCGCAGGAAGGUAGCCCACACACCCGGGAUGGUGGAGACCAGGGACUUGGCGCAGCUGCGGCAGCUCAAUCUGGAGCUCCUGAGGCAGCUGUGGGUCGGGCAGGAUGCCGUGAGGCGGUCGGUGGCCAAGGCAGCCUCAGAGUCAAGCCUGGACUCCAGCAGCAGCUAUAACUCAGAGGUGCCAUCAUCUCAAGAAACGACCUGCAUGGCCUGCCCACAGGGUGCCCACCACAGUGACUCCUGUGAUAGGUCCUGGCCUGGCGGGGCCAGCUCGGGAGUGAUCUCUCUCCCAUCUACCAAGUGCCAGCACCAGGAGUCUCUGGGCCCACUGAGGCCCCAGUCAGCUCCCUUGCUGACCAGCUCAGACUCGAAUGACCCAGAGCUUUCAGCAGAGCUGGACAGUCUGGGGACCCAGGAGUCACAGGCCCUGAGGUCCGUCCUGGCCCGACGAAGCAAGUUGUCUAAGCCAAGAGUGACCUUCGACAAGGAGUCUCCAGUGCCUGAGAGGAGCUGGCGCCUCAGACCGUACCUGGGCUAUGAUUGGAUUGCAGGGUCCUUGGACAAUAGCUCUCCCAUCACCAGCAAGCCCGAGGCCUUCUUCGCAAAGCUGCAGAAGUUCCGGGAAGCUAACAAGGAGGAGUGUAUUUGCAGUGACCCCGAACCCCAGUUCCUAGGCCUGCAGGAGAGCGGUGCCGUGGAGGGAGAUCAUGAGUGCAUGUACUGUUACCGUGUCAACCGGCGCCUGUUUCUGGUGCCUUCGGAUCCUGGCACCCCCUGCCGUCUGUGCAGGACACCACGGGACCAGCGGGGUCCUGAGACCCUGGCCCAGCCAGCGCAGGUCAGGGUGAGCGUCCCACUGUCCGUCCUGGACCCCCCACACCGGUACCGCAUCCACCGGCGGAAAAGCUUCGACGCCUCCGACACGCUGGCACUGCCCCGGCACUGCCUCCUGGGCUGGGACAUUCUCCCUCCAAAGUCUGAGAAAAGUUCAGCCCCCAAGAGCCUGGACCUCUGGUCCUGUGUCUCCUCUGAGGCCCAGCACCGGAAGCUGUCAGCCGCCGACCCUUCCUGCCAGGCCUUGCCAACGCGGGUCCCACCCCCAACCCCGAUCUGGUCAGAACCCUUGGUGCCCCAGCCCUGCGCCCCCCAGAUGAAGCCCUGAGGACUGGCCACCUGGAGGAGGACAGUGCCUCUGCUGUCGUCCCAGCCUCUCCCCUCUGGCAGGGGCGCCCAUGAGAGAGGAGCCCUGCCAAGCACAGCUGGAGGUGGACUCAGGCCCCACCCACCUAGGCUGAGCAGGUGGGUGGGCCCAGGCCUGUCUCCUUCCUGGGGACAGAGGUGGGUGGGCUCUGAGGUCAGGGUGAGGGGAUUCUGUGACACGUUUGUAAAUAAAGUUCAGAGCUCCCUGCA